GGUGGAGACCCAGGUCCUUGCACAAACAAGCUUUGGAGACAAACAACCCCAUGACCCUUUGAGGCCGGUUAAGCUCCAAGAAAGGACCCUUGGGACUGAACCCCACAGAGGGGCCACCAGACUGAGAGGACUCCAAAGAAGGACCCCAGACUGAAAGCCUGCUCCCAGACAGAGGGGUCUCCAGACUGAGGGACCACCACACACGGGUCCCUGAGACACGGACACUUCAAAAGGACCCCCAGACUGUGAGACCUAGAGAGGAAGGGGUUUCUGGAAGUGAACAUUUCUUCCCCCACCUACACUGAGGUCAGCCCUGUGAGGACAUCAGCUCCAGCCCCAGGGUCCUAAUGGCAGCCGAACCACUGACUGAGCUGGAGGCGGCCAUUGAGACUGUGGUCACCACCUUCUUCACCUUUGCAGGGCAGGAGGGCCGGAAGGGCAGCCUCAGCAUCAAUGAGUUUAAGGAACUGGUCACUCAGCAGUUGCCUCACCUGCUCAAGGAUGUGGGCUCCUUAGAGGAGAAGAUGAAGAGCUUGGAUGUGAAUCAGGACUCAGAGCUCAAGUUCAACGAGUACUGGAGACUGAUUGGGGAGCUGGCCAAGGAGAUCAGGAAGGAGAAGGCCCUGCAGAUCCGAAAGAAGUAAAGCCGGCUGGCCGGGAUGGGGGUGGGCAUGGCAGGGCUGGGCAGUACCCCACUCCCCACAAAUAAAGCUUUCUCCUUGAAACAAAGAUGUUUCUUACUCACA